CGUUUCAUCCCGGAGGCCCCGGAGUGGCCGGAGUCUCGGCUGAGGAGACGUGACGUGAGAGACACCGGCGCGACGCGACUCACGCGACGCAGAGCAGUCGACGCGUGACCGAUUCUCGUGUCGCUCGCGGUGCCGCUCGCAUCGCACGCUCCAUCGUUCGCCGAGCGUAAGCUGAGUACAGUCGAGUAGCAACAAGCCUCGCUCCUGCCGUCGUCAACAACGGGAGAUCGUUCUGCCGUACUGACUGUUCGGCGCGAGACACGACCCGACACGAUGGCAUCGCACGUAACGGACUUCUACAACGGCAAGAGCGUCUUUGUCACCGGCGGCACCGGCUUCGUCGGAGUCUGCCUGAUAGAGAAGCUCCUGCGAUGCUGCCCCGACGUCGAAAACAUUUAUCUGCUGAUACGGCCGAAGAAGGAAAAGCAGAUCGCCGAGAGACUGGAGGAGCUGACGAAGAACUCGGUAUUCAACAGACUGAGAGAGGAGAAGCAGACCGAUUUAUUUAAGAAACUGAUCGCAGUCGCCGGGGACGUCGGCGAGGAAAAUUUGGGAUUGUCCUCAUACGAUCGAGCAACCCUGAUAAACAACGUGGAGGUCGUUUUCCACUCGGCCGCCACGUUGGACUUUGAAGCUGAUCUAAGAAGCACGACAAAUAUUAACUUGUUAGGAACUCGCAGAAUCGUUCAGCUCUGCCGUGAGAUUAAGAAUCUCAAGGUCCUGAUCCAUGUUUCUAGCGCGUAUGUUAAUUCAGUAUUGCAUGACGUCGAUGAGAUAGUGUAUCCCGCACCAGCGGACGUAAAUACAUUUCUCAAGCUGAUCGACGCACUGGACGAUGCUACUUUAAAUUCCAAAACGCCGGAAAUAUUAAACAAUCAUGCAAAUCCGUAUACGUUCACCAAACACUUGGCCGAACACGAAGUAGUAAACGGAGGCCUCCCAUCGGCCAUCGUUCGUCCUUCGAUGAUAACAGGAGCGUGGAAAGAGCCAGUUCCUGGAUGGACAAUAUCGAAAAAUGGACCACAGGGUUUUAUAUUAGGCGCCAGUAAAGGCAUUGUAAGAAGACUGCCAGUCGCAAAGCAUCUCGUUUACGAUUACAUUCCAGUAGAUAUAGUAGUAAACAAUCUGAUUGUCGCAGCUUACAAUGUUGAUCGUGACAGCGAUAAAGGAUUAAAGGUGUAUCACUGCACGUCCAGCACGACUAAACCAUUCAAAUGGGACGAGGUAGCAGACGACAUUAAUCACUAUUUACACAAGUAUCCAUUACGGAACGCCGUUUGGUAUCCACAUCUCAAGUUUUUGCCGUCGCUCUUCCUGUUCAGAAUCUCGGCUAUCUUUGUUCACUUUAUUCCCGCCUACAUCUUGGAUGCUGUCACAAGAUUAUGCGGAGGCCGUCCUAUUCUGGUUCGCUUGCAUACAAAUGUUAACAGAUCGUUGGCGCGGCUUGAAAAGUUUAUCUUUCAAGAAUGGAGAUUUAACAAUCCGCGCUUGCUACAGUUGCACGAAUCGUUAUCACCAGAGGAUCAAGUGUUAUUUUCGCUCGACAUUAGAUCGUUGGUCUGGAAAAACUAUUUUACAGAUUUGAUACAAGGUGUCAGAACGUAUCUUCAUAAUGAAUCUCCGAAAUCUUUACCGAAAGCACGUUCUAAAGAUAAAAUACUUAUGGUUGCUCAUUUGAGCUUGCAAGCUGCUCUGUUGGGUUUGAUUUGGUGGCUGGUUAAGGUUUUGUUCGCUACAACGUGGACAAAAACUGGUUUAGUUGUACCGAUAACAUAUUUACUUUUUGGGCAAUUAUAAAUGUAAUCCUAUAUUUAACUCUCACACUUGGUUGCCACAUUGGGCCAAAAUGGCUUAGACUUUGGUUUGAGAUGUCUUUUAAGUAUGCUUAACACUGGUUUAGCACUAUUGGCACUAUUUGGUGGUAAUUUUUAUUUUUUUAAAGAAUUUUCUCAACGUAAUGCCACUUAAAAUAUUAAUGUUUAUAAUAAAAUUAUAUUCUUCAAUGUUUCAAGUUGAUCUUGUAAUUUUUCAAGUAAAUAUAAUUAAUGGUUUCUAAACUGUUUAUUCAUUCAAAAUUGACUUCGGUGAACCCAAAGUGACAGACUUGUUCGAAAAAAAGGUGUUACAACCAAGUUCUAAUAAUCUACAAACUUAUGCCACACUUGCGUACUUUUCUCAAUUAUUCAUAUAUAAAGUAUACAAAAAAUUAAUUUUUUGUAUGUAGAUAUAUGUAUGCACAUACAUGUGUCAUAUGCUCUAUAUCUGGAUUUUUGUAUACGAGAACAUAUACUUUUAUAGUUUAUUAAAUAAUCUGAAUAUGCUACAAGUAUUCACUAUUGCACGGUGUAGUCGAUGUAGGCGGUUUAAACCAUUUUAGAGGCACAAUAUAUGAUAGAGACUUUUACUUUAGUUGGGUAUGAUACAUUUUAGAAAACAUUAUAUGACUGGAAUAUGAAUAUUACGAAACGUUGCUUUAGUUUCAUGUAUAUGUGUAAAUAGAAUAAUUGUAAUACACACAUAUACUCUCGUCAAUCAUGUCUAACUGAUCCGUGGUGAAUCAAGGAUGGAUACUUCGUGCCUAUGUAUUACAAAUUAGUAUUAAUAUUUAUAAUUUUUGCUACUAUAAAUAUUUAAUCUGGACUAACUGAUUAGCUGCAAAUAUCUAUUUGCAGUUAAAUAAUAACAAUGAAAAUGUACAACAGCAAGAGAUCUCAUCGAAUUUUUCAUGUCAGUAUUAAACGCCCACAUUUUGUUUCCGACCCAUUCGUCUUCCUAGGAUUGGAGUAUACAUAUUUGUUGAGCGUAUCUUAAUACCAUAUUCCUACAUUUUUAAUUUUUAAUAUAAUGGAUAAUGGGUAUGGAUAUAAAUUAAAAUACUUUAUUUUAACUGAUCUCUUUCGCCGGGUCGUAUCUCGAUUUUAUGCAAUUGUCGAUUUUGUGCUUGAACGCUUAUUCUGAUCCAGAAUGAGUGUUUAAGUACGAAAACCAGAAAUUGCGUAAAAUCGAGAUACGACCUUGCGAAACAAAUCAAUCGAUUUGUAAUACUGCAAGAUUUUAUUAUCCACAAGUCUGUUAUAAAUUUACUAUGCAAAUACAUUGUUAAUAAAAAUUUAAUAAAUUUGUAAUCACUGAGUG